AGCCAACUAACACGGUUUUUUACUUUCUCCCUCCUUCCUCCGUUUUGUCUGAUUCUCUCUCCAAAACCAGAGGGUGUCCGGCGAGUCUAAUCUCGCCGGAAACUCACUUCAAGGUCACCGGGAUCUUCUGUUUCUUCACUUUCGAGCUUCCAAUUCCCAUUCCUUUCUUGUUGAUAUGUUUGGUUCAUGCCAGAGCGAUAUUUUGGUCGAUUGCUAGAAGCAGCCGAGGAAGAAAUUUUGUACAUCUGAGACAUUUCUGUCUGUUUUCUUCGUAGUAAGACAUAGCCGGCAGCACAUUGCAGUGUGAGAGUAGAUGGAGAUUGUUGCAACGAAGUGCCAAAAAAUGCUGAGAUCCCUUAUUUAUUAUUUGCUUGUGCUCUAAAUCGACGCCAAGAUUUGUUUUAUUUCUCUUUCUUCUCAACCCUUUGGAGGACAAGUUUGUUGAAUUUUGCAAAGCAGCAGAGGAAAAAAAAGUUUUGGUGUUUGUGUGCCAACGAGACGGUGUUUGAAAAUUUGUAGCCGACUUCAAAUUUUCAACCGAUGAGAGGGUAAAUGCUGAAUAAACUCAGCAAGUUACGAGCUUUUCAGUGAUUUUUUCCCUCUUUUCCCACCCUCUAGACUCUGAGCCACAGGAUGCCUUUUGAAAUAAUGGAUCAGAGGGCUGUAUCUGCCUCAUCACACUUUUUUGAUGGUUCCUUUUACUCUGAGAAGAAUGCCGGACUGCAGAGGCCAAAAUCUGCUCAUGACCACUACCAUCAAGGAAAGAAUGGAAUGGCAGUAUCACCUGGCAGCAUUUUGAAUGCUUUGUCACCUCGGGAAAUUAGUGCAAAGACUGGCUGGUCAAAGUCGUCAACAGGUCUGUCUGGAGAAACCAUAGAAAAGCUACAUAUUGGUGAAGAAGGCAAUGUUGAUAUGUUUAAAGCCUCCAAGGAAGCAUUAAGUCAUCAUCCCAGAUCUCAGUCAAAUGUGCGUAUGCAGCCAGCAUCUAACCCAUAUGGUUUAAUUGGCAAUAAGAUCAUCACUAAUGCUGCCUCACGUGAAAGUAGUUUAUUCUCAAGCUCACUAUCCGAGAUAUUUACCCGGAAGCUGAGGUUAACAGGAAAUGAUGUGGUGCCUCAGCAGCCUGUUACUGUUGGUUCACUUCCUGAUGAUGAACCAUACAAAUCUCUUGAAGAAAUUGAGGCUGACACCAUUGGAAAUCUCCUUCCUGAUGAAGAUGAUCUGUUUUCUGGUGUCAUUGAUGACUUAGGUCUCAAUAUUCUUACCAAAACUGGUGAUGACCUGGAAGAUUUUGAUCUGUUUAGCAGUGGUGGAGGCAUGGAGCUCGAAGGUGAUGAACAUCUAACUUCAGGAAAAAGGACCAGUGGUCCAGAUGGAGAUCUUGGUUGCUUUGGAGGCUUCAAAGCUAAACUUCCUUUUGGUGAACAUCCUUCUAGAACACUUUUUGUUAGAAACAUUAACAGCAAUGUUGAAGAUUCUGAGCUAGAGACUCUAUUUGAGCAAUAUGGUGAUGUCCGAACCACUUAUACUGCUUGCAAGCAUCGUGGAUUUGUUAUGAUUUCCUAUUAUGAUAUAAGAGCUGCACAAAAUGCAAUGAAAGCUCUUCAAAACAGGUCAUUGAGGUCUAGGAAACUUGAUAUACAUUAUUCGAUACCAAAGGUAAAUGCGCCAGAGAAGGAUACUAGCCAUGGUACAUUGCUUCUAUCUGGUCUUGAUUCUUCUAUUUCACAUGAUGAACUUCUACAAAUAUUUGGAUUUUAUGGAGAAAUCAAAGAAAUUUGUGAAUCUCCAGAAAUGAAUCAUGACAAAUUUAUAGAGUUUUAUGAUGUGCGAGCUGCAGAAGCUGCUCUUCAUGCUUUGAACAAGAGCGAAAUUGCUGGGAGGCAGAUCAAGCUUGAACCCCGCCAUCCUAGGGGUUUAAGUGCAACAUGUUUGAUGCAGCAGUCUCAGAAGGAGCAGAAUGAGUCUGACCUUAGUCAGAGUAUCAGUGAUAACUUAUCAUUGAGACAGAAUGCAAUAACGUCUUCUGGAGUAGUUGCAUCUGGCUGCUUGGACAAUGUAUCUGAUCAUGGAUUUCCAGCUACAAUACGACAAACUAUGGAUCCCUUACCAAUAAAUGUAUUCGCACAUGUGAAUUCUGGCAUUCACAACACAGUGAGAGGGUCAUCGAUUCCUAGAUUCCAUCCUCAUUCCCUUCCUGAGUACCAUGAUGGUUUAACUUGUGGCAGUCCUUACAACUUGUCAAGAACCUUUAGCAAUGUAUCUGGUAAUAUGGGUCCAGGAGUGACAGAUGGCUCUGACAGCAGGCACACUCUGGGAUUUGGUUCAACUGGGAAAUUGUCGGACUUUAAUGGAGGAGGAAAUGUGAGCCUUCCUAAUCAUGGGCUUUAUCACAUGUGGAGCGGAUCAAAUGUGCACCAGCAAACUCCACCAGGCCCAAUGGUUUGGCAGAAAACACCCUCAUUUGUUAAUGGUGUUUGUGCUCCUUGUCUUCAGCAGAUGCCUGGCUUUCCCAGGUCAUCAUCUCAUAUGCUGAGAGCAUCACAUUUAGACCACCAUGUUGGAUCAGCACCAGUUGUUACAGCCUCCCCAUGGGACAGGCAGCAUUCUUAUUUGGCUGAGUCCCCUGAAUCCUCUGGUUUUCACAUGGGUUCUCUCGGUAGUCCAGGUUUUCCUGGUACAUGGCAAUUGCGUCCUCCUGAAUUUUCUUCUCACAAAAUGUUUCCUCAUGUUGGUGGGAAUGGCAUGGACUUGUCACCCAAUGCUGGGCAGAGCUCCCCAAAUCAGUUAUCACACGUUUUCCCUGGGAGACAUCCCAUGACUUCAAUGUCUAAAUUUGAUCCUGCCAAUGACAGAAUGAGAAACCUCUAUCACCGUAGAAGUGAUGCUAACACUAACAGUGCUGACAAAAAGCAAUUUGAACUUGACCUAAGUCGUAUAUUGAAUGGCGAAGACACACGAACAACACUUAUGAUUAAGAACAUUCCCAACAAGUAUACUUCAAAAAUGCUUCUUGCCGCCAUAGAUGAGCAAUGUCGGGGAACUUACGAUUUUUUGUAUUUGCCAAUUGACUUCAAGAACAAAUGUAAUGUUGGCUAUGCUUUCAUCAACAUGACUGAUCCUAGUCAGAUUAUUCCUUUCCAUAAGGCUUUUAAUGGGAAAAAAUGGGAGAAGUUCAACAGUGAAAAGGUGGCUUCACUUGCCUAUGCUCGAAUUCAGGGAAAAGCUGCUCUUAUUACACAUUUCCAAAAUUCGAGCCUGAUGAAUGAAGAUAAACGUUGCCGCCCUAUUCUCUUUCAUACAGAGGGCCCAAAUGCUGGUGAUCCGGAGCCUUUCCCCAUGGGUACCAAUAUUAGAUUGAGGCCUGGAAAAUCGCGUGCUAGGAGCCCAUCGGCUUUAACUAGUGGAGAGGAGUCUUCCAAUGGAAUAAGUUCUUCAAUGGGCUCUUCCAAAAACUCAGACUGACUUGACUUCAGGCACUAACCUUUCAAUCAUGCAGCACCAUAAUAUAAAUGAUAUCGCUCCAAUAUCUGUAUAUUGGCUUUUUACGUUGGAGGAGUUGGAGCCAAGUGGAAAUAGGGCUCCCAAUUUUUGCCUAUAGAGAAACACAAACCCAAGUAUUCAGAGGUUGGGGUACAUAACCAGAAUGAAUUCACUCUAAAUCUAGUACUUGUUCUUUAUUUUCUUUUUGAAUCUUUGCAUGGAGUCUUGCUAUCCUCCGAGUAGAGGGAACAACUUAACUCAAGUUCAGUUUUGGCUAGCUCGGUGGUUGGACCAUGUCACAAGUUUGGGCAAGUUUCUUUGUGGGGUUCAAGGGGACUUCGCUGUUUUUGUUUCCACUCUAUCUGUCUUAAUGUUCAUAAUGUAAUGUAAUUUUGUCUUUGAACACACUGGCGGUAGCUUCCUCAUGGGAUUUAUUUGUCUAUAGGAAUUUGUCGCCACAUUUAUUUGUAUGGUACUAUAUUUAUUCUGAUUUUCUUGGUUUAUUUUGUUCAUGUUGGUU